AUGAAGGGUCACCUUAAGCCUUUGUUGCUAACCCUGAUGAUCGAAGGGCAUGAGGUGAAUAAGGUUCUGGUGGAUGGAGGAGCAGCUGUGAAUAUACUUCCGAGGACUAUGCUGAAAAGAUUUGGGAAAUCUACAGCUGAUUUAAAACCCCAUAACAUACUUAUCUCAGAUUACGUAGGAAAGUCAUCACACCCUGAAGGCGUGAUUUUGCUUGAUGUUCAGAUUGGAAGUGUGAAAAGAACUACUAUGUUCAUUGUAACCCCAUCGAAGGCAAAUUUCAAUGUCUUGUUAGGACGUGAAUGGAUUCAUGGGGUAGGAGCUGUCCCUUCAACUGUUCACCAAAAGAUUUUCUUUUGGAAUGAUGAUGAAGGUUUGGAAGCGCUCGAUGCGGACCAAAAGGAAUAUGAGGUAGGUAUGUACUUUGCAGGUCAAUAA